ACAUUCCACGCCAUAUCCACUGGCAGGAACUGAAAGACUUUGGGCGAAGUGCGGGCGGCAUCGUAGCAUUUUGCGAUCUCAUCCAGCUCACGGAAUCCAAUACGCGUCCAGGAGGCAACAGACGGGGCUUUAUUGAAUACUUGCUGCGGGAGGAUGCCGAGGAAGCGAUCCGCACUCUGAAUGGGCGAGACCUUGGAGGGUCCCCGGUGGUCGUAUGCGCGCCCUUGUCGCAGUCUAAUGGCGCCACGCAACAUACUCAAAUUAUGAGCAGUGAACAUUCGCGGCGCUCGCGCUCGCGGUCUCCUCCACGCUGGCGCGCACACGCACAUGCCCACCCCCCUUCGACUCUUUUCUUGCGGUCUCCCGGAGAAGGUCGGACGCGUGGAUUCCCUACUUCCG